AUGUCUGAUCAAGACUCUAGUACAAAUGAAUACAAUAAGCUGAGAAGUAUCUACAAAUACCACAUUGAUUCGUAUAAUGCAUUGUAUCAGUUAAAAACGAAAAAUGAAGAAGAUUUAAGGUCGAUUUACAAAAUGAUCAAAACAAAUCUGAUUGAUUCGAAGAAAUACCUCCCAGAAAAUAUCAUAAAAGAUAUUUUAAAUAUCAUACCGUAUAACAACUUCUUUUCAAAGUCAUAUUUGGCUCUUGCGAAAUUCAUAUCUGAUGAUUAUCAUAUAACAAAAGUCAAAAAUAUUGCUUCUAUUUCUAACUACCUGUUUUACAAAGAAUAUGGAAUUAAAUUAGUCAAUUUAUAUGAUUUCAACAAAUUUACAUAUGAAGAUCUAGAUAUUCUUAAAGAAGAUACAAUUUACAGAGCAAUUAUAAAUGACGACAAAGAAAGAUUCAUUCAAUUCAUUGAAAGAGAAGGAUUUGAUGAAGAUCAAAAACUUAAAAGCAAAUUAUAUCCAAAACCUAAUGAAAGAUAUUCAUUACUUGAAUUAUGUUGUUACCAUGGGGCUGUGGAUUGUUUCAAGUUAUUAAGAACAAAAUUUAACUCAGAAAUAACUCAAAUAUGUCUUCAAUUUUCAUUUUUAGGAAAAAACAAAGAGAUCAUGAGUGAAUGUUUGAAAUAUCAAACACCAGAUAAAGAAUGCAUGGAAUAUGCAAUUAUUUCACACAACAUUGAUUUUGUUACAUUCUUGAUGAAUGAAUACAAUUUAAAGAUCGAUAUGAAUUAUUGUCAAAUGUAUAGAAAUCUUGAAUCAUUUUUUGUUUAUUUUGACCAAACAAAUGAUAUUAACAAAUGUUUUGUAUAUUCAACAUAUUUUGAUAUUCUAUCCCUUUGCGAAUAUUUCCUUUCACUUGGCGCAGAUAUCAAUGAAAAUGAUGAAUUCGCAAAUACAGCUCUUCAUAUUGCAACAGAUAAUAAUAAUAAAGAAAUCGUCAAACUUCUUCUUUCAAAUGGUGCAAAUGUCAAUACAGAACGUGUUUUCCAAAGAAUAAUUCUUCAUAUUACUGCAAAUAAAAAUUAUAAAGAUAUUGUUGAAUUACUUCUAUCAUAUGGUGCAAAUAUCAAUGAAAAAAAUGAUUAUAGAAAAACAGCUCUUCAUAUUGCAAUAGAGUUUGGGAGUAAAGAAACAGCCGAAUUUCUUAUUUCACAUGGUGCAAAUAUCAACGAAAAAGAUCUUUAUGGAUACACCGCUCUUCAUUAUGCAGCAGAAAGAAAAAGAAAAGAAAUAGCCCAAAUUCUUAUUUCGCAUGGCGCAUAUAUCGAUGAAAAAACUGAAUAUGGUGAAACCGCUCUUCAUUAUGCGACACGUAAUAAUAGUAAAGAAAUAGUCGAACUUCUUCUUUCACAAGGUACAAAUAUCAAUGAAAAAGAUAAUGAUGGACAAACCGCUCUUCAUUGUGCAGCACAAAGAAAUUAUAAAGAGAUAGCCGAAUUACUUCUUUCAAAUGGUGUUAAUGUCAGUGAAAAAGAUGAAAGAGGAAACACUGCCCUUCAUUAUGUAGCAGGUAAAGAUCAUAAAGAUAUGGUUGAAUUACUUCUAUCAUAUAGUGCUGAUAUCAAUGAAAAAAAUAAUUACGGCAAAACCGCUCUCCAUAUUGCAGUAUAUAAUGAUAAAAAAGGAAUGGGAGAAUAUGUUCUUUAUAAUUUCAACGAAAAAGAUAAUAACGGAAAAACCACUCCUCACAUUACAGUAAUUAAUCAUAAUAAAGAAAUCGUGGAAUUACUUCUUUCACAUGGCGCAAAUAUCAAUGAAAAAGCUAAUAUUGGACGAACAGCUCUACAUUAUGUAGCAUUGUUAUAUAAUAAAGAAACAGCUGAAUUUCUUCUCUCACAUGGUUCAAAUAUCGGCGAAAAAGAUAAAUAUGGACAAACAGCUCUUCAUGUUGCAGCAGAUAAAAAUAAUAUAGAAAUAGUUGAAUUUCUUCUUUCACAUGGUUCAAAUAUUGACGAAAAAGAUAUAUAUGGACAAACUGCUCUUCAGAUUGCAGCAGAUAAAAAUAAUAUAGAAAUAGUUGAAUUUCUUCUUUUAUAUAAUGCAAAUAACAAAUAA